GUGGGGAGGAGUUUUCAGCUACCCAGGAGCCACCCCGCAGGCUAGGAAACAACUCUGUAAAGUGAGAGCUUGGGCUCUACAGUGAGAGGUUGGCCCCUCUCUGCACCUCUUUGUGGUGUCCCCGGCACUGAGGAGAUUCCUGCCAGCUCAGAAGAGCCCUGAGCCUUGUCCUGAGGGUCUCCUGCUCCAUCCCUGGAGGAAUCACCUGAGGAUCUGUCUCUCCAACUCAGAGAGGCUGUUUUCAUUUUAUUGCUGUGGGCUUGGGAGCUGCUCCCACCAAGGCUGCCCCCCUGGGUCCUGGCCAAGGUGGAACACAAGACACAACAAAGGUGAGGAGUCCUGAGGGAUCCGAGUAGCACGGUGAGGAGCUAAUGGAGCAUCGAGGAACUCCAGUGACUCAGCACUGAUAAGGUCACCAAAUCUUGGCUUUCCAAGAAAGGAGGGAAAAGGCAAAAUAAACUACCCACAGUCCAAAGCUGUGAAUCAUUAACAACAGGAACAUCAAAGAGCAGAGUGCAACAAUUCCAGCCAUCAGUUGCUUUCCAAAGCAUUUUCGGGCGACAACCUGCAGGAGAAAUCUCUUCCACGGCCCCUACUCCGACCACAGCAACAUGGCUUUGAGGCUUUGCUGUGCCUGGAUUUCCAUCCUCCUCCUCCUGCCCAGCCUCUCGGACGGAGGGAAGCUCCUGGUGGUGCCCAUGGUGGGAAGCCACUGGCUGAGCAUGCAGGAAGUGGUGGAGAAGCUGAGCCAGAGGGGACACGAGGUGGUGGUGCUGGUUCCCGAGGUGAGCUGGCAGAUGGAGACCACGCAGGCCUACAAGGUGGUCACGCACCCGGUGAGCCAGACCCUGGAAGAGCUGGAUAACGCCUUCCAGGAAUACCUGGCCGUGCACCUCACAUUCCAGGAAUACCUGGCCGUGCACCUGACCCAGAAGCCUUUCCCCCUCAAUGCCCUGGCGAUGUACAAGAUCUCGGUUCAAACUUUCAACACGUUCUUUGGGCAGUGCAAGGACCUGUUCCGCAGCCAGGAGACCCUGAAGUUCCUCAACGAGAGCAGAUUUGAUGCCAUCCUGACGGAUCCUUUCUUCAUGUGUGGGCCCAUCCUUGCCCACCAUCUCUCUCUUCCCUUUGUGUUCUUCAUGAGAGGAUUUGGUUGCAACCUCCACUUUUCAGCCCCACAGUGCCCAAGCCCUCCAUCCUACAUCCCGAGACUCUUCAGCUUCAACUCAGACCACAUGACCUUUUUCCAGAGGGUGGAAAAUGCCCUGAUUUCCCUCCUGGAGCUUGAUUACUGCAACGGUUUCUAUGGAGAAGCGCUUAAGCUGUCCUCAGAAGUUCUUCAGAGGGAUGUGUCCCUGAUGGACCUCGUGAACUCCGCUGCCAUUUGGAUCCUGAGGUUUGACUUUGUGUUCGAGUACGUCAGGCCAGUGAUGCCCAACAUGGUCUUUGUUGGGGGAAUCAACUGUGCUAAGAAGAAACCACUGCCUAAG